CAGAAAUUUGCCUAUAGCGGACUAAAUUGCAGGGCCAAAAUGAAAUUCGGCGCCGGAAUCAACUCGUUACAAUCAAACUUUGACAAAUUCCAUGCAAUAGGAUACCACACGCGGGGACAGGAUAUCCGAUACAUAAGUACGUACUAAAGGCUGGUUUUCAGGUGUUCACGCCCUUUUGUUCUUCGAACUCUCUAUCGCCCAGUGGAUUUUAUGGGCGUAGGAAAAACUUCGUCCUUCGUGUUCCCUUUCCACUCCUUCAACCGGUUGUCAUGGGCUUGUACGACGAGUCACUAGGUGUCCUGCUCCUCGGUAUAAUCAUUAAUACCUAUUUCUUCGGCUUCGUAACUUAUCAGUAUAUGUCUUAUUUCAACCGCGGAUACAAGGAUAGUCUUUGGGUCAAAGCCACGGUUGCUUUGUUGUGCCUGAACGACACCGUGUAUUCUGCGUCUUUAAUUUAUAUGGCAUGGCUUUACUGCGUCCAACAUUAUGGCGACCCCACGAUCUUGACAAGUGUUCCAUGGCCUUCUUCGUAUACCCCAGUAGCCAACGCCAUCUCCUCUAUCUUGACGCACCAAUUCUUGACGGCGCGAACCAGCCGUCUAAUGGAGAGUAAGAUGGUCUAUGUCGGGAUCAUGACGCUCUCAAUGGGAAACUUUGUUGUUGCGAUUGUCGCUGCGGUAAAGUCCUGGAUGGCUAAAAAUAUUUAUGAUCAACAGACCCUCAAGGAAUACCUCAUUGCGUGGCUUAGCUUACAAGCGGCGGUCGACAUUAUAGUCGCAGGCACCCUUUCCUAUGCACUGUACCGUGCUCGUACAGGUUAUCAUCGCACGGAUAAUGUUAUCUAUCGGCUCAUUCGUGGAGCGGUGCAAACCGGUCUAUUCGCCUGUAUCUUUGCGAUAGGGCACCUGACGGCCUUCCUGGUUUCCCCGGAUACUCAAGUGUAUGCGUUCUUCGCUGGUUCAACAGGUCGCAUGUAUUCAAUAACUCUGAUGGAUACCUUGCAUUCUCGCGACCAGCUACGGGAUGCGCUGUCAGGUACUAUGGAUGUCAACAGUUCCAUAAUUCGAACACAUAAUGGGCAUUCAUCAUCAGAUUACCCGAGGAUAUUCCAAUUAUCUACUGUCAACACCCGCCAGGACGUAUUAUCCGAAGGUGGGCCUGGUCGCACCAAUACCAAAUUAGUUCCUGGUCAAGAUAGUAGCGGCACCCUUGAUACCGACAGGUCGGGUGAGUAUCUUUCAUAGCGUCAGUUAA